CAUGCUGGCCACGAUAAAAGAAGCAUUUACAGAUGUACCAUCAUUCAAUUUAUGUAAUGAUCAGGCUUAGGGGCGUGCGAUUUAACCACACUCUUCCAUCAAUAACCACAUCAGCGAAAAUGGACUCGGACGCCUCAUCAGUUUCCUCGAACUCAGAGCCAGAGCAUGAGCUCUCCGUCUUCGAGCGCAUCAGGGAACAUCUCGAUUCUUUUUCCUACUCUGAUGUAGCAUAUGAAGUGAAAAGAGAGACCAAGCUCACACGUGCGCUCGACAACCUUGCCUGCAGUCCGUUCGUGUCCUUCAAGAGCCAGGUAGAGACAACCACAUGUAAGCUGCUCGUCAAGGGAGAAGACGCGGGGACGUGGAUGAACCCUGACGUCAGCGUAUUACAAAAGCACGCCACCCCUUCGCCGUUCGGCAGGGGAGCAGAAACUGUCUUGGACCCAACUUACAGGAACGGAACAGAGCUCAAAGCAUACCAGCUCGCUUUCAGUUUGCAGGGGGAGGGAACACAAUAUAGACAGUUUGUGAGCGAAGUCGAGGAUAAACUUCGGACCACCAUGUUCGUCGGGAGAAACGUUUUCCUCAAGUUAUACAAGCUCGCCAUAUACGGCGAAGGAGGCCAUUUCGACUGGCAUCGUGACUCGACGCAUAGCGAUGCUCACCAUGGAACAGUGCUCGUCGCACUUAACACAGAAUGGGAGGGGGGAGAGCUUAUGUUGAGGCAUCAAGGCGUCGAGACAAUCGUCAACAUGCAUCCAACAAAGCAUAGCGAGGAGCUCCAGCCAGUUGUGGUCGCAUUCUACACAGACACAGAGCACAAAGUCAUGCCCGUGACCAAGGGCACACGUCUGGUGCUCCAGUAUGACGUCGAACUCGCCGAGCAAGUACCUCGAUCUUGGAUUCAACUACCUAGUUACACUCCCAUGCAACAGGCUUUUCUUCGUCACCAGUACGUUGCAUCCCACAUCAACACUUAUCCCAACUUGGACCAGAAGUUGGUGCAGGCUGUCAUUGAUGAAAUCAGAGAAUUGCACAACGAAGGGAUUAUUGUCGUCGCUUUCCCGCUCCCUCAUCUCUACCGCAAGGCAAGCGUGAAGAAGAAAUACCUCAAGGGAACCGACUCGGCGCUUUUUGAUGCCCUCGAGAAUCAUUUCAACGUCGUCCUCCAUCCUGUUCUUAUCCGCGCCAACGAAGAUGGCGAUCAUUUCGACUGUGUGGAGCGGUUCUUUGCACACAAGUAUCAACCGUCUGAGGAGAAUGAAGAAGAGCCUUCUUCGAGUCGUGCUAAGAGACAGUGGGGCAGAGUUUUCAAGAACGCUUCGUUCUAUCUUCCACGGGCCUGUGCAAUUCUGCAGCUUUCGUUGCCAAACGGGGCGCACUAUGGUAAUGAUACAGAUGUCAGUGGGGAGGCAAGGUAUUACGGCGCUGGCAUGUUUGUGGAACCCAAGCGCGAAGAGUAAUGGUAUUCAGGGGAUCCAGUUUCAGUAUAAAGAGAAAUCCGCGUUUAAAUCAGG